CGGAGAGAAAGAAAGAGAGAGAAGAAAAGAGAAGCUCUUUGGUUUCUCUUUCUCCUUUUUCCCCAUUUGUUAAUCGAAUUCUUUUCCCCGUUUCCCUUUUCCGAGCUUUCUCUUCUCUUCUCCUCCUUCCUCCCGUUUAAGCCCCUGCUCAUUACUGCUCCUCUCGCGAGCACUAACAGCUUCAUUAAUGGCGGAUUAGACCUCCUCCUCUAUCUCUCUCUCUCUCUCCGUAGCCUUGGGUUUCUGGAAGCGAAACCAAAGCCGGAGUCUCCAGCUGGAGUUCAGCGAAAAGAAGUAAGAGUAUAGAAGGAAGCGAAAUCGGGGAAGAAUGCUGGACGGACUGCUAGGUCGAGGCUUUGCUGCGAAAUGCAAAUCGCUGAUAAAACAGACCAAGAUCCGGAUCGAUGUGAUUCGAAGGAAGAGGAGCGCGACUCUCAAGUUUCUAAAAAAGGACGUGGCUGAUCUGCUCGCCAAUGGACUCGACAUCAACGCUUACGGCAGGGCUGAAGGACUUGUUGGAGAAUUGGUCUUAUCUUCUUGCUAUGAUUUUGUUGAGCGCUGUUGCGAUCUUGUGGUGAAGCAUCUCUCCGUCUUGCAAAAGAUGAGACAUUGUGCAGAGGACUGCAGGGAAGCUGUGUCUUCCUUGAUGUUUGCAGCCGCAAGAUUCUCAGAUCUGCCAGAGUUGCGAGACCUUAGGCAGCUUUUUCUGGAGAGAUAUGGCGAUUCAUUGGAAUUGUAUGUGAAUCAAGGGUUUGUUGACAAUAUGUCUGCAAAACCUGUAACGACGGAGAAGAAAGUUCAACUGCUGCGAGAUGUUGCAUCAGAGUUCUCCAUCAGAUGGGACUCCACAGGUUUUGAACAGAGGAUAUCUAGACCUUCUCCUGUGAAGGCUCAACUUAGAAGUCCUUCACUUGCUGGGAGCGGUAAAUCGGACCUAACUAAUGGCAAGGACAACAUCAACCAAGGUGUUAAACGUGAUGCCCAAUCCAAAGCAAGGCAAGAACAGAAUGAUAACCGUGGAUUUCGGUUAAUCAAAGAAGAGAAACCCGACUGGAAAAGAGACAACCCGAAUCCUCCUCAUCAAAGGACUGAAGUUCCCAGCAUGGUCGACAAAAUGCAAAACGGAGGAGAAAAAGAACCUACUUUGAGGAAGACGAAAUAUGACUCGUCUCCUCCAGUAAGGCCAGAAAUCCCUGUGGUAAAGAAGCAUGAAAUUCCUAAGCAGGCUACUCCUCCGAGAACGGUGGGUUUGGGCAGUUCCUCUCGGAGGACACAGCAGGCAAGCAUUGAUGACAGACUGAGCAACCCUCCUCCCAAAUCAAAUGGCAUCGAUACCACAACUCAUGGAAAGCCAGAACCUUCUCCUAGCUAUGCCGGAAUGUGGGCAAAGGUCAACAGCAAAGAUCCAUUGACUAUUAUUGCAUCUCCUGGUCAACACUCUGCAGCAAAAAUUACUAGAGAUGCACUGGAAGAUGAAGCACAGAAGUUCAAAUCUUUCUACAACAACGCCAUCCCGCCUCCUUACACUCGACCCAAUACCAAGCCGAAAGAUACCAAGUCUGCAAUCAAUGCAUCAGCAUCUCCAACUACGGUUUUAGACACCGGUGCAGUCGAUACAUCCAGGGCACAAGAAAGGAUCAAUCAUGGCUAUCGCUCCGAGAACAACGAUCCACGACCAGCUAAGGGUGCCGAUGAACAUGUCUUCGACACCAAGGUGUACUAUCAAGGCGAGACGGUAGUCAACCCCAUACCGAAACCACGGCCCUCUUCACGGAGACGACACCAGAAGCCACAAACUAGCCACGAGGAUGCCGCCGGUGGCAUGGAAAGCGCGGGAGUGGCGAAGAGGAAAUCGAGAAGCAGGAACCGAAAGGACGACUCGAGGCGAGGCCUGCAGAUCCUGUUCGACGACGAGGUGCAUCAGAACGACGACGAGGAAAGGAUCAUCGACAAGCUGCUGAUACACUACAGCAAGAAACCUACCGCAUUUGAUCCCGAACCUUCCCAGGUUCGAAGGAAGUCGUCAAGGAGUUCCAGUCGUCAUCAUUCCCGUGAUCCGAGCACUGAAGCAUCUUCCCAUCCAUCAAGAUCAUUCUCUCUCCCCAGCGAGCAACCAUCAACGGCAGCACCACCUCAGGGGAACAAAGUGUUCGCUCGUGCCGCUACCCUCGAGCCAGACCGGUCAGCCGCCGCUCGACACGUGCAUCCCAAGUUACCGGACUACGACGACUUGACCGCCCGGUUCGCAGCUCUGAAAGGGAGGUAA